CUGCCCAUCAGUUCCAUCACAUGGCAGAGGAUGUGAACAUCACGACAACAAUCCGCGACUCUGUCGUCGAUUUAUUCAUAUAUGCCAUAUUUCCGCUGCCACUUGCCCUAUUAGUACCCCCUCCAUGCCUUAUGGUGCACAUUCAGUUUAGCCUUAUAUAUCAGGUAUGGCUGCAUAACUCAGUGGUGGGUAAUCUGGGUUUCCUGGAGUACAUAAUCAAUACUCCCCGACAACAUCGCGUACAUCACGGGAAAAACCGGUACUGUAUUGACAAGAAUUACGGCGCGUUAAUUAUGGUUUGGGACCGACUUUUCGGUACACAUCAGACAGAGAAGGAGAAGAUUCUCUACGGAGUGGUGUCUCCGACACCCAAAACAUACGACUCAAUGAUUUUACAGUUUGGUUACUAUCGAGACGUUUGGCAAAAGUUUUGUAAAGUUGAGGGCUUUUGUAAUAAGAUGUCGGCCUUGUUUAAGGGUCCCGGUUGGACACCCGGUAAACCACGACUCGGAGAUAUCAAUGAUGUGCCCGAAGUUGACUACACUCUACCCAAGUAUAGUCAUGACCCGUAUAUCGAGGACUGGAAGAAGAUAUACAUUGCUUUUCAUUCAGUAAUAGUUGUAUUGGCUUUUUAUUUACUUGGAGAACAUCCUUAUAUCGUUAUGAAAUGGCCGAUAGGCGCGGGUCAGUACCUACUGCUCGAUACCCUGAUGUGGAGCACACGUGUGGCUCACAUACUCUCUAUGCUAUUUUGGUUCGUGUAUUGUUGUAAACACCGCUCGAGUGAUACGAGUGCUGACAACGAGAGCACUGAAUAUACGGUCGUCGGGAAGGGUGUGAAGGAUGUGGAGAGCGAGACCUCAUCGAUGGCCCGCAGGAAUGGCUACAAAGCUAUUGGUCUUAUAUUUUGCUUAUUCUUGGUUUCGAUUCCGUUUUUGUUAGCAUUUAUGGUCCAUCAGGAGAGCUGUAAUAAAAUGUUUAAUGAUAUGUAUCACACUUUGUAUUAG